AGAUGCGACCACAGCGGAAAUAACGUAAUACCGCGCAGGCCGUCUCAUUUUGGCGUGCGUUAGUGCUAGUUCCAGAAAAACCGAAAGCCUAAGCCUAUACUCAAUCAAUAUCAUUUACCGUGCCUUUACACUCCCAACCUCCGGUUUACAGCAUCAAUUUAUCGGUAUGUAGAAGUAGAUGUAAGAAGUGACAACGAUGUGGUUCUGCAUUAAAUAGACCCCACCGCGCUGAACGCUACGCGUAUGCAUCGUAGCGCUCACAGAAGAAAACAAAAUGGCUCCUGCACUAGGUUCCUACACUCGCGACGCCAGCCACUGUGGUAGUUGGUACACUAACGACCCCACCCAGCUGCAGGGGCAGCUUGGCUACUGGCUCACUGAGGCGAGUUCUUCCAGUAGUUCACAAGGGCCUGCACCUUCCCUGGCAGAUUUUUCAGAACACAACUCCAGCAGCGCUCGCGGCGGCGCAUCUACCUCGAGUAGUUCUAGUACUUCAGUGUGUAUGGGAAUCAUCGCACCGCACGCGGGCUAUUCCUAUUCAGGACCCACCGCCGCCUACUCGUACCAGCACUUGCUGCACGCUUUGCAGAACCACACGGUCGAGCGCAUCGUCGUUCUGCAUCCGAGUCACCAUGUGUACCUGACAGCGGUUGCCUUUACGGGGGCGAAAGAAAUCCAAACGACUCUGGGUCCGAUAAGGUGUGACGUCGACUUCAUGCGCAAAGUGGAACAGUCGACGAUGGAAGGUAGUACAUGAUUGAUGUGGUCGAAGAUGAUGAUCUAAGGCUGCUCUUGGUCUUGCUUCACAUCCUCCGAGUAGUGAGGACGUUUUACGAAAGACUGAGAUUCAUAAAGUGUUGCUCAUCCUAAUCUUCGGGCGUAUCGCUCUCGUACUCCUGAGUGAUUAAAAUACGUAAGUAAGUAGAUUCCACUUCUAUCUAUCACACAGCUGGUCUCCCCGUUACCGUAAUGAAAAAAGACGUGGACGAGGCCGAGCAUUCUGGGGAGAUGCAGUACCCCUAUAUCCGCUACUGCCUGGAAAAGGCAGGAAUGCUAGACAUCCCGAUAGCUGUCAUGAUGGUCGGCGCCCUUCCCACGCAGCAGGAAGCGAACUUCGGAAAAGUGCUACGGAAAUGCUUCCUUGAAGAGGAAACUCCGAAAAGCAGCAACUCGAAGAGCAACUUUUUUGUUGUUUCUUCGGACUUCUGUCACUGGGGCCAGAAUUUCGACUACUGUCCUUGCCCGCCGCAGAAUUACCCCGGUUUUCAAGGCAGAUUGGGUUUGCGGGACUUGGAAAAUUGGAGCAAAAUUUCCCAGUACGUCGCCGAGCUGGAUUCGGAAGGCAUCGACUUGAUUUGCAGCCAAGAGCCGGACGCGUUUGUGCGAUACCUACGAAAAACGCAGAACACCAUUUGCGGGCGACACCCAAUCAGCUUGUUUCUCUUUGUCCUCGACGCGGCUACGGAGAAACAAGACAGCGGAAAAGGUCGGAGUCCUUUUCACGUGGAAUUUGAGCACUAUGAACAGUCUUCCUCUCAAGUGCAGUCCUUUUGCGACUCCUCAGUUUCUUAUGUAGCGAUGAAGGUCAGCAGGCAGUUUUGAAUUUGAACGUAGAAGGUAUACGUGGCAGUAUAUCCUCCUCCUGCACCUGAUCGACUAUGUUAAAACUUCUUUCUCCUCACCAGCAUUUGGAUUUCUACAGAUAAAAAAAUGAACACAAGCAAAGAGUAAGAGGUUGGUGCUUUUUCCAUGUCGUUUUUCGACUUUUUCUUAGUUUUUCGCCGACUUUGAUUCGGAGCAGUAAUAAAUACGUCGGAUACUCUGUAUGUACAAAUGCCACGAUGAUGACGCAGACGAAAAGCAGUCGCUCCUCGCUCUUCAAAUUUAACCGUUUCUCUAUCCACCGUUUGAUGUUGUUUUUGAUUUUUUGCUUCUUCCACGCUUCUGGUUAUGUUGUCUCUCUUCCGAAUUCGUCGUUCUCUGCAGCCGCAACAACGAUAUUGCAUGUUUCCAC